AUGGCAAACAGCAGCGAUUCGCUGGCAAGCUUGCAGGCAUGCAGGUCGAUGCUGCGUGGCAUCUUCAAGCUCCUUCGCUUACCGCUCGGGCAGCAUGAUGCCAAGGACGAUCGGCCCUGGCUCUUCCCCGUGAAGCUGAAAUCUCAAGAUGAGGAUCAGGACCUCCUGGGGACAAUGCCAGAUCGAGUCGUCGGCUUGUGCAGUCGAGCAAACGCAGAAGCUCUUGAUUUGAAACUCUUCUGGAAGGGGCAGGGACAGCUCAAGUGCGUGUGCCUGCUCAUGACGAAGGAGGGCAAGUACCUGCGACAUGUCUGGGAAGGUGAUAGCCACUUCGAGGGCAUCCAGUACACCGCGCACCAACCGAGAAGCUUGCAGGCUUCCGAAAUUGAUGGUGACGACGAGGAGGAGUUUCUGCACCUGAGCACAGUUGCCGGGGACAGCAUGUCCUUGCAUCUGGGCCGGCUCCAAGAGAACGUCUUUGCAUGCAUUUUUGCAUUAGUGGGAACAGAUGACGGCCUGGCUUUUGCAUCGGAUGAUGUGCUGCAGCAGUUCCAGGAACUGACAAUGGCCCUCCAUCCAGCCCAAAGCCAGGAGGUGAUCUUCACGUAUCGCCAGGGAGCUCUGCGAAAAGAAUGCAACAUCAUCACGAGCCUUUGCCUCUAUCGCGGUCCCCAUCACACAUGGCGGCUGGAGCCAAUGCAGCUGCACUUGUUCUCUAUGCGAGCGAACAAGGCAGAUCUGGAUCCAGCUUCGGCGGCCGAGGAGGUUGCCCACUUCGUGGCCAGCAAGGUACGUUGGCUGAUGAAGGACCGCUGCUGGAAAGUUGCCAGCGACGAACGAGGUCUUCACUUGCCCGGCAACAACAACUGUUGA